CCCCCGACACAACACCUUCUAUCCCUGUAAACAUCGUUUACAUACCCCUUCACAAUUCCCAACUACACGUUAAAUUAGCAUUCUUACCCCUUCAAAUUCACACAAACAGACUUUUAGGUACAACAACGUGUUUACCGUGUUAUUAGCAACGUGUCAACGCUUUACAGGCUGACAACGUAAAUGGACCAAGGGCCUUUUAGCGUGUUUCAAGGCUGCUCUAAUUACUCAAUAGAGUCUAGACAGUCUAGACUCGACUAAAGCACGAAUGCCCUAGUCGAUAUAAUCGCUAACCGGCUAUCCGAGACACAUCCCCCUCUAUCCCUGUAAACAUCGUUUACAUACCCCUUCGCAAUUCCCAACUAUGCCAUAAAUUAGCACUCGUACCCCUUCACAUCCACACAAAUGCAGAUUCAGGUACAGACACGUGUCUACCGUGUCCUUUAACAAAAAGUAACAGCGCCCGUACCAAACCAUGAUCAGAACUUCCGCCCAUGUAAUUUCGCCAAAUGCAUGACUGGCAAUUGCAAGCAUUGUCAACCAAUACACCCAAACGCUUGAAUUAAUCCCCAUUUCAACUAUGGCAACAACCCGCGUGCCAAAAUAACAUUCCCUGCAUGUGAACGAACCUUGACUUUGUCGCACAGCGGUGCUUGGGAAUGGCCGCACCGCCACCGCUUCAGAAGGCGCAGGACCGCUUGGCCCUACAUGAGAUCAUCCGCGUGGGCAUGGGUCGGCAGGAGGACUUGCGCCUACUGCAGAACGUCGCCAUGCAGGCCGCCUGCCUGCCGCCCGCCUCGCUGGCGCAGCUGAUGCGGGAGGCUGCGCUGCGUGAGGAGUGGCGCGGGCAGCGCGAGGCGGCACUGCUGCACUCACUGGGCCCGCAGUCUCUGGCAGGGUUGCUGGGGCUUGGGUCGGGGCCGGGCGGCUCUGCGGAUGGGCGAAUGCUGGCCGACCAGGUGGCUGCGCUGACCGAGGAGGUGGCGGCGGGUGGCUUGGGCGCAGCGGCUGCAGUGGCUGCUGCGGCGGCGGCGGCAGCUGCGGCGGCAGUGAGUGCGGGGACAGAUGGCUCGGUGCAGCGAAGAGGUGCCGGCACCGCAACUGGAGCAGGCAGCGGCGCGGCAGGAGCAGGCUGGGCAGGGGCAGGAGGCGGCGGGCGUGGAGGCGGCGGCGGCGGCAGGGAUGUGGACCCGUCCAGUGGCUUCAGGCACCUGUGGCGGCUGCAGGCGCUGCUGAUGCAGGGCCUGCGCGCGCACGCGGCGGAGGAGGGCGGUGGCGCCGGCGCGCUGGAGCCGCUGGCGGCCAGUGUGGGCGAGGGCCAGCGCUUCUUCCUGGACUGUCUGACGGAGGCGGCGGAGGUGGCGGGCCUGACGCUGGCUGACGUGGCGGCGGGCGUGGCGCUGGGCGGCCUGGUGGGCUCCGGCCUCGGGUUGGGGCCUGGGCCGGGUGGCAGCGGCGGCGGGGGGGCGGCUCCUCGCCUGGGAGGCGGGUGCCGGCGGCUGGGUGGGACGGCUGCUGCGGCUGGGGCAGCUGGGGCUCACGCGCGCGGACAUCGCGCUGCUGGACGCCAUCCGGCGGCAGCAGGCGGCGAGGACCAUCCAGCGCGCGCUGCGGCGGCGGUGGCACCUGCGGCGGCUGGCGGAGGCGCGCGCGUGGGCGGACGCGAUGCAGCGCAAGCUGAGGUGCGUGUGCGAGCGCGCGCGAGCCUCGCUGACACGCUGUUCGCGCUGGGCUGCGGGCGGCUGUUCGAGGGCAGCCCGCAGCAGAUGUGGGCCUCGCUCAGCCAGCUGACGCCGCUGCCGGACGACACGCUGGUCUACUGCGCGUACGAGUACACCCAGUCCAACGCCAGGUUCGCGGUGACGGUGGACCCGGCCAACAGCGCGCUGGCGGAGCGCAAGGCGGCUAUUGACGCGGCGCGGGCGCGGGGCGAGCCCACCGUGCAUAGCCGCCUGGGUGAUGAGAAGGCGACCAACCCCUUCCUGCGCCCCCACGACCCAGCCAUUCGCCAGCAGCUGGGCUUUGACGCCGCCGCGCCCGACUGGCAGGUGUUUGGCGCCAUCCGCGCGGCCAAGGACCGCUUCUGAAGUAAUGGAUUGGCCUGGAUUGUCGAGUAGCCCGUGACGCGCGCUCUUUCAGGUGUACGGCUGAUGGGAUUUGAACUUGCAGUGGGUGCACGCAUUGAGAGGAGUGCUCGUGAGCAUGAGGAAUUGAGGAUAGCAUCGCGCAUUGUGGGGGAUGUUGAGGGAGGGGCGUUCGAGUGUGUGCUUGACCAAGGUGUCGGCUUGCGCAGUUGCAGGGUGCAAUGAGGGCUGAUGUCACUUUGGUCCAGGGGCAUGAGAGGAAGCGAGACUGUGUAUGUGUCAGCGCCGGGCUGGCGCACCUGGUACUGUUGUACGCUGAUGGACACGUCGAAGCCAUAGUGCCCAGAUUGUGUCAGUACGCCAUGCUCAUGCCAGUAAGGUCUACACACCAAGCCUUAUACCCUGUAUCCAAGCGUCCAUCGCUGAUGAGUAAUGGAAACCUGCCGCAUACUGCACUGAAGUCG